AUAAACAUCUUUAUACAGAAACCAAGCCCCCAAUAAAGCCACGCCCCUUAGUAAAAUACAUCAUUGUGAAGCCACGCCCCCCAAAGCCACGCCCUUUCGGGAAAUGACGUCAUUGUACAGAAACCACACCUCCUUAAAAAAGGCCACGCCCUCCAGGAAAGCACGUCAUUGUACAGAAGCCACGCCCCUCCAGCAAAAUGUCCUUGUACAGAGGCCACGCCCCCAAUAAAAGCCACGCCCAUUCAGGAAACCACAUCUUUAUGCAGAAACCACGCCCCUAAUAGAAGCCACGCCCCUUCAAGAAUGUGUAAUUGUACAGAAGCCACGCCCCCCAGAAAGCCACGCCCUUCAGUAAAACAUCAUUGUACAGUGGCCACGCCCCCACAAAAAGGCCACGCCCCUUCAUUAGAGCAACGUGUUUAUACCGAAACCACGCCCCCAAUAAAACCACGCCCCUUCAGGAAAAUGUCCUUGGACAGAGGCCACGCCCCCCGCAGACCCCUCCCCAGUUUGGGACACAGCCAGGGCACCCUGGGGGUGCUGGGGGGCACCGGGGGCUGUCUGUGUGUCUGUCCGUGGGUCUGUCAGUCUGUCCAUGGGGCUGCCUGUGGGUCUGUCCGUUGGUCUGAGUCUGUCUGUCAGUCUGUCCGUGGGGCUGUCUGCGGCUCUGUCUGUGAGUCUGGGGUCACAGUGGGGUCUGUCUGUGGGUCUGUCCCCAGCUCUGUCCGUGGCUCUGUCCCUGGGUCCAUCUGUCAGUCUGUCCGUGGCUCUGUCAGUCUGUCUGUCUGUCUGUGGCUCUGGGGGUCCCUGUGCCCCCCAGGCCUGUCACUGUCUGUGGGGGGAGGGGGGUCUCCCUGUGGGACCAUCCAUGGGCUUGUUCCUGCUGGGCACCUGUCUGUCUGUCCAUCCAUGUCUGUGUGUCCAUCCUGUGUCUGUCUGUCCAUCUGUGUCUGUCUGUCCAUCCAUGUCUGUGUGUCCAUCCUGUGUCCAUCCUGGGUCCAUGUCCAUCCCUGUGUCCGUGUGUCCAUCUCCGUGUCCCUGUGUCCAUCCGUGUCUGUGUGUCCAUCCUGUGUCCAUCCUGCGUCCAUGUGUCCAUCUCUGUGUCUAUGUGUCCAUCCUGUGUCCAUGUGUCCAUCCUGUGUCCAUGUGUCCAUCUCUGUGUCCAUCCUUCCAUCCCGUGUCCGUCUGUCCAUCUGUCAUUUCCAGCAGAGCACGUUCCAGAGCAGCAGCCAGCAGGGGUGGGCCCCAGGCAGAGCAGGGGGCUCAGGUGAGGGGCUCAGGGUCAAUAGUUCUGUCAGUGUGUCCAUGGCUCUGUCCGUGUGUCCAUGGCUCUGUCUGUCCGUCUGUCCAUCUCAUUUCCAGAAGAGCACGUUCCAGAGCAGCAGCCAGCAGGGGUGGGCCCCAGGCAGAGCAGGGGGCUCAGGUGAGGGGCUCAGGUGAAGGGUCAUUCUGUCAGUGUGUCCAUGGCUCUGUCCAUGGCUCUGUCCGUGUGUCCAUGGCCCUGUCUGUCCGUCUGUCCAUCUCAUUUCCA